AUGGGGGCUUCAUUGUCUUUUCCUAAAGACGAAAUCAGUCCAGAUAGAACAUAUUUGGUGACCGGUGGCAAUACAGGAAUCGGUUACGAAGUUGCUAAAAAUAUAGCGCUUUUAGGAGGUCAUGUGAUAAUUGCUUGCCGAAAUAUGCCUAAAGCUGAAGCCGCCAUAAAACAAAUGCAGAAAGAAUACGAAGAUGAUUUUCACGAUAAGCUGAAAAAUGAGCCCGAUGCCAUCAACAAAGAUCCCCGAAAAUUGAAUCUAGAAGUAAUGGAAGUAGAUCUAGCGUCAUUCAAAUCAACAAAACGUUUCAUUGAUGAAUUUAAAGCCAGAAAUUGUAAAUUAAACGUACUGAUAUGUAAUGCUGGGGUAUCGGCACAAAACAGAGAAUUAACAGAAGAUGGUUUUGAAUUAAUGUUACAAGCCAAUUAUUUAUCUCAUCUAUUAAUUAUUCUCCAUUUUGUACCAAUUUUAAUGGCGUCUGGUGACGACAGCAGAAUCGUCCAAACCUCGUCUUUAAUGCAUAUUUUUGCUAAACAUAAUAUAAAUGACAUGAAUGCUGAAAAAUCCUGGGGCGAAUCUAAAACGUAUGGGAACUCUAAAUUAUAUCAGAUAAUGUUUAUGUAUUGGAUGGCCAGGAAUCUGAAGAAUAAUUCAGUGACAAUAUCGUGUUGCAACCCUGGUCUGGUGUCUACACAGAUGACACAGAAUGCAUCUUCAUUCUUUGUUAAAACAUACGUCAAUUCUUUCAUGGCAAGAAGGCCAUAUGAUGGUGCGACAACCAUAAUCAAAUGUGCCGUGGACCAGUCAUUGAAGGGACAAACUGGUAUUUAUUUGAGUGACUGUAAAAUGAAAUGUACAUCUGAUUUGUCAAUGAAUCCAGUUAUACAAGAUGAAGUUGCUAAGUGGAGUUUUGAGAGUUUAAAACCUUAUCUACCUGACAACCUUUCAGAUAUUUUUGAUUUAUAA